AUUGACAUGUAGUUCAGUUCAAAUCCACUAGGUGCCAUUACUAUCGUUAAGGAGAAUUUUGACGACCAAGCCUUAUGGCCAAAGUCGACGCAGUGAACGAACCAUCCCCUCUAUGAGCUAUGACUCUGUCAAUGGUAACUUGAAACCAACAAAAGAACAAAAGACAAAUAAAUAAAUAACCAGAAGAAAACCGCAACGUUGGCAGACGACGUCGAGGAGCGUUCCCGCCUUUUCGACUAUGGAACUAAUGUAAUUUUUUAUUUGUCCUUUCCGUGACAUAGACGAACUUCACAUCUUAUUGGUUUGACAUUUCUUUUAUUACAAAAUAAAACCUGAUAAUAAAAAUGUUUUCAAGAAAGAAAAAAAUUAAGAAAAAAUCUAAAGUUUUGACCGAGGACGAAGAAAUUGUGAAAAAGGCAAACGAUCAGAAUAAUCCCCUUGGACAUCUGGUUGCUUUCCACUCUUUUUCUCGAAAUGGGUUGGAUGUUGCACUAAAAUGUUGCAAAGCUUCCCAGCUUGACAAAAUUACAAUUGAUCAGUUGUUUGACCUGCUGAAGAAGAACAUGAAACAAAUGUAUGAAGAGAGUGCAUGGGGCUGGAAUGAGAAAGACAAAUUUUUUGAAAUGACCGAGAACUCUGCAUGGUACUUGAUUGCCUCCACAAAAGAAGGAAAGCCCAUAGCCUUUUCACAUUUCCGUUUUGAUAUGGAUUAUGGGCUUCCUGUAUUAUAUUGCUAUGAGUUACAGCUGGAAUUAGAAUGCAGGCAUAAAGGACUUGGUCGAUUCAUGCUUCAAGUUCUAGAGCUCAUGGCAUUCUCAGCAAAUUUAAGGAAAGUUGUGCUGACUGUCUUUGUACACAACCUUAAUGCAGUUGGCUUUUUCAAAAGCCAUGGUUAUGUGGUUGAUGAGACAAGCCCAGCAAGUACCCUUGAAGAACAGUUUGACUAUGAAAUCUUAAGUAAAAAUAACAAACGAAUUAGCAAAAGUUGACGUAAUUGUAUGUAAUAAAAAAUUGCUUUAUUUUUA